AUGGAUUUGAUGGAAUUCUCUAUGACAGAGGGUAAUGACACCCUGACCGGAGAUGAAAACUUUUUGCCGCCACAGUUGACACAGACACCAGUGGUGGUCAAUUCUAUCCUAAAGCCAUCCACUAAGGGAAACUUAAUGCAGCUCCAUACACCCAAACCUCAGCCAAAAAAUCUAAAGGUGAAGUUUGAAACCCCUCACUCUGUGAAGAAGGUCACACCCACACGGUAUGAACAGAUCGCUGAUCUUGAUGAGAAAGAAAACUGGAUUGAGAGGACCACCAUAGUUACGAAAACAGAUCAUAAUUUAAAUAUAGAAUAUGCGAAAGAUAUUCUCAACAACGUUGUAGAAAACCUGCCGUUAUCUAAAAGUGAGACUACCAUGAACAAGCCUGGAAAUGAAAGUGAUGAUGAGGAGACAUUCUUUGAUGCCAAAGAAGAGACUGAAAAAGCCACAUCUGAUAUCUGUAGACACCCAGCAUCAGGUCCUGAUAUCACACCACCUGUCCCAAAACAGACAAUUGAUUCUACACCUGCAACACAGCAGGUAGAUCAUGCAUUACCAAUGUCUGUUGUGUCAGGUGCUACAGGAAUACUUGAUGUCAGCAUGGAGUGUGCUGAAACUGAUGACUUGCGAAAUGAGGAGAAAAUGGAAUGUGAUGAAACUGUAAUAGAUACAACAGUGAUUUGCAACAACACUUUGAUUGAGAACAAAGUAGUUGGAGAAGAGAUGAUUCAGGACAAUCCUGUCACCAUGGUCACAUCUCCUCCACUUCAAGCAAGCAAAGGGGCCUACACGAUUGACUUUGACAAUUUAGACAGUUGUAAUCCGUUCCACUCCAAGAGUGCUGUAAGCAAUUCACCAGUCUUUAAUGUUGAAACACACGGCAAAGUAGAUUCUAUAGACAAGAUUGUUCCUGAAGAAGUGCCAAUUCAGUCAGGUAAAGAGGAAAGUGUAUUUGAUUCGCAAAUACUGGAAGGUUUACUGGACAUCAAAGCAGAGGCUGGCGCAGAUCUUUUAUCGGAAAUGCUUCCUGAUGUUGAGGUGAAAGGGGUUUACAACAUCGACUUUGAUGACAAAGCAGAUCCAUUUGCAACAAAGUCUCAGGUGAAGAAUUCUCCUGUUUCAGCCAAACCUGUUCAAACCCAGUUACAAGCACAUGAUAAGGAUGUCAGUAUUGAAGAAACUACGGUUGAUGAUGAUCCAUUUUCAAAGAAAUGUGCUGUAAGCAAUUCACCAGUCUUGAUUGAUGAUGAUCCAUUUUCAACGAAAUCUAAUGUUGUUAAUUCUCCAAUACAAGCAACAGUGUUGGGUAAUUCAAAUCCAUUUGCUACUAAAGCUAAUGUUUGUAAUUCCCCAAUUCUACCACCUGUUGACAGGAGCUCGGGUUGCUCACAGAUGCAAACCUCUGAUGAAAAGGAUGAUGUGGAGAAGCUUUCAUCAAAAUCUGACAGUGCAACCUUGCCAUUACCAGAGUCAAAUAUGAUCCGUUCAUCGACAUCAUUUGUGUCUAGUGAUGUGUUGAACAGUUCUAAUCCCUUUUUAACAAAAACCAAUGUUGUGAAUUCUCCAAUGCCUGGAGCAUCAGUUAUUGAAGGGAAUCCAUUAAUCUCAUACAAUAAGAAAUCCCCAGGGUCUUUAGAAAUUUUGAAAACUGCCAAUACUCAGUCAGAUGAAGAAAAAACAGAAGAUCUAAAAUUACAUGAACCUGGACUGUCAACCAGAACUUCCAGCUCUCAUGUAUUGACAGCUUCUGAAAGUGCAGUCAAAGGUAUUUGUGAUAAUGAUUCAAAUACUGACAAAUAUUCAGCUCCUGCUAAAGAAGAACAAGAUGGAACCAUGUUGUUACUAGGAAAUGACCCAUCCACCUUAAAAUCUGAUGCUUCUAACUCUCCACUACCUUCAACCACACUGAGGAAUGAUCCUUUAGCAGAUUUGGACCCCUUUACCACAAAAUCUAAGGUGCCCAAUUCACCAGCACCUCCAGCAACAUCAGCAGAAGAUCCAAUUAUUGACCCGUUCACCACAAAAUCUAAGGUAGCCAAUUCACCAGCACAUUCAGCAACAUCAGCAGAAGAUCCAAUGUUUGAUCCGUUUACCACAAAAGCCAAGGUAGCCAAUUCACCAGCACCUUCAGCAACAUCAGCAGAAGAUACAAAGUCUGAUCCGUUUACCACAAAAUCCAAGGUAGCCAAUUCACCAGCACCUUCAGCAACAUCAGCAGAAGAUCCAAUGUCUGAUCCGUUUACCACAAAAGCCAAGGUAGCCAAUUCACCAGCACCUUCAGCAACAUCAGCAGAAGAUACAAUGCCUGAUCCAUUUACCACAAAAUCCAAGAUAGCCAAUUCACCAGCACCUUCAGCAACAUCAGCAGAAGAUCCAAUGUCUGAUCCAUUUACCACAAAAUCCAAGGUAGCCAAUUCACCAGCACCUUCAGCAACAUCAGCAGAAGAUACAAUGCCUGAUCCAUUUACCACAAAAUCCAAGGUAGCCAAUUCACCAGCACCUUCAGCAACAUCAGCAGAAGAUCCAAUGUCUGAUCCAUUUACCACAAAAUCCAAGGUAGCCAAUUCACCAGCACCUUCAGCAACAUCAGCAGAAGAUACAAUGUCUGAUCCGUUUACCACAAAAUCCAAGGUAGCCAAUUCACCAGCACCUUCAGCAACAUCAGCAGAAGAUCCAAUGUCUGAUCCGUUUACCACAAAAGCCAAGGUAGCCAAUUCACCAGCACCUUCAGCAACAUCAGAUGUAGAUCCAAUGAUUGACCCGUUCACCACAAAAUCUAAGGUAGCCAAUUCACCAGCACCUUCAGCAACAUCAGCAGAAGAUUCAAUGUCUGAUCCAUUUACCACAAAAUCCAAGGUAGCCAAUUCACCAGCACAUUCAGCAGCAAAUAGCUUAACAGACCCCUUUGCAACAAAAUCAAAAGUUUCAAAUUCUCCGUCACAUCAAGCACCUUCAUCUGAAGUCCCGAACUUGCCAUCGCAGACUGUACAUCAAGGAAAUGGGCCAUCAAGCUCAGGCAAUGAAACCACUGAGGCUAAACUUGGGAGUAGAAAUGUAGAGAGUGCAGGUAGUGUCCCUGACUUUUCUGAAGAGGAGUUCCGACCAGCAACAGAAUGUAUAUUCAAUGACACUGGGUUCCUAGAUGUGCUGGAGAAGUUUGGCAGCAGCAAUAAUGAAAGCAAGGUAUCUGACCUUGCCCGAAUGUCGCUGUAUGUCAAGUUUGAUCCUUUGGUUGACCUCCCUGCAUCUGAUCCACGUCGUGCAAGUACGCACUUGCUCAAGCGUGCUAGUAUUUUGAACAUGCCAAGGAGAAGUUUAUCUGGGAAAAGUCUUUCAGAUGUGUGUAACUCUGAGGAAAACAUGUUACUAAUGGGAACACCCCCAAAACAGCUAUCACAACAUCUUGCUAAUUUAACCAGUCGCUCCCAUCACACUGGCUUCACACCUGGAAGUAUACCAACUACCCCGAAGGCCUUUAAACCCCAGCUUGACCUCCUCUGUGCCAACACACCUCCUCGUAGUGUCAAAAAGUCAACUACACCUGCACCAGUGAAGACAAAUUCAAACCUGCCUGAAGAUCCUGUAGACAAUUUAGCAGGUGGCUCAGAUGACAACAUUGUAGAGGUGUUACAAUACACAGACAAGGACAUGUGCGAGAUGAAAACAUCCUUGUUCCUAGAGUUUCAGGGCCAGAAGCUCUUACUGGACCGCGAAUGGAACAAGGUGGUUGACAAACUCAAGGCAAAAAUAGAGGAACAGAACCAGACAUUGGAAAAUAAACAAGCAGAUAUAAAACUAAUUGGGAAUUUUUCAAAGGAAUUAGAAAACAUAGUGGAAGGACUGAUUCAGGAGAAAGAAAGUACAAAGACAGUCACUGAAGAGCUACAGAAGGAGAGAGACCAGGCUGUACAAGACACACAGUCACUAGAAAAGGCAUUUUCAGAGCUCCACCGACGAAAUGAGAAUCUCAAAGAAGCACUGAGUGGUUAUGUCAAGAAUCAAGAAAUUCUUACUUCACAUGCCAAGGAGUUACAGAAGACUCUGACAGCAGUGAAAACAGAGAGUAAAGAAAAAGUCACUGAACUUACACAACAAUUAGCCAAAGCAAAGUCUGACCUGAACCUGUUAACAACAUCCUCUGAGGCCAGAGCAAGGAGAGACAAACUGCAGUUAGAGAGUCUGCAGAAAACUGUUGAUCAAAAGAUGUCUGAAAACAAGGAACUGACCCAGAUGUGCGAUGAUCUAUUGGCCAAAGUUUCCAGCUAAACACAAAUGUGGUUCUGAAUGUCUGAAAAUCAGCGAAAAGAUUAUCAGCUGAAAGUGUUCCAACGGAUCUGCUACAUUUUUUAAAAGUGCAAACAAACUGGGAAAUAACUCCUACAUACAUUGUCUCUACCAUGAGUAACAUUGCCUUCACCAUGGACGUUACCCUAUUUGAUGUCAGAAUUUCUAUGUAUUUAGAGUUUUCAAACUCACCUGCAUGAGUUUUGUUGUCAUCACAACCAAACUUAGGCAUCUCAUUGGUUGAAAUUUGAACUGAUCAUACUGAUCUAUCUAGUGUAAUAACUCUGCAUAAUCCACCAUAUAAGUUUUGUUGAAAUGAUGUGGUAAUGAUCUCCAAUUAAGGGACAAUGCUUUGUGGUUUUUUUGUUCAACUGUCUACUUUUUCAUUUCUAUGAAAUAACUCUGCUCUGGUUAAUCAUGCCCAUAUUUGGUAGUGGAGUAUGUAAUAAAUGCUGCCCUUCACCAUCACUUUCAUAGUUA